GGGACGGCUGGGGGCGUGGCCGCAGCCUUGCUCCUCCCCGGACAGGGCGAGAGGGGGAAGUUCCGCCCAGCAGCCCCGCCCCUCAGGGGACUGCCCCGCCCCCUUCCUGCCCGACGACCGGGCUGGAGGGCAAGCCCGCGGUUGAGAGGCUGGCUGGAGCGGGCCAUGCCUUUGUCUCUCCGCUCUUCUGUGUUCUUGGACCUGGUCGUGGGCGUGGUGGGCACCCUGUCUUUCCUGCUGGACGUGGUCGCCGACCUGUGGGCCGUCGUCCAGUAUGUACUCGGUGGCCGUUACGUGUGGGCCGCGCUGGUGCUGGCGCUGCUGGGCCUCUCCUCGGUGCAGAUGCAGCUCUUCAGCUGGGUUUGGCUGACCUCUGACCCCGCGGACCUGCAUGAGUCGAAGCACUCGCGUCGUUUCCUGGCGCUGCUGCACCUGUUGCAGCUUGGCUAUCUGUACAGGUGCCUGCAGGGGCUGCAGCAGGUGCUGCUCAUGUGGCAGCAGGAGCUGCCCUCUGAGAGUGACAUGGCCUAUGCAGACUUCCUCUCCCUGGACAUCAGCAUGCUGCGGCUCUUUGAGAAUUUCUUGGAGUCCACACCACAGCUCACACUGGUGCUGGCUAUCGUGUUGCAGAGUGGCAAUGCCGAAUACUACCAAUGGUUUGGCAUCAGCUCCUCCUUCCUGGGCAUCUCGUGGGCACUGCUGGACUACCACCGGGCCUUGCGUGCUUGUCUACCCUCUAAGCCCCGCCUGGGCUGGAGCUCCUCUGCCGUCUACUUCCUGUGGAACCUGCUGCUCCUGGGGCCCCGGAUCUUGGCCGUUGCCCUGUUCUCGGCUCUCUUCCCCUACUAUGUGGCCCUGCAUUUCCUCAGCCUGUGGCUGGUACUGUUGUUCUGGGUCUGGCUUCAAGGCACAAAAUUUAUGCCAAACUCCAGAUCUGAGUGGCUCUACCGGGUGACAGUGGCAAUCAUCCUUUAUUUCUCCUGGUUCAAUGUGGCUGGGGGCCGCACCCGAGGCCGGUCCGUCAUCCACCUGGUCUUCAUCCUCAGUGACAGUGUGCUGCUGACCAGCACCUGGGUGACCCGCAGCACCUGGCUGCCCAGUGGGACCUUCUUGCAGAUGUGGUUGAUUGUGGGAGGAGUCUGCUUCCUCCUGGGACUGACUCUGCGUGUGAUCUACUACCUCUGGUUGCACCCUCACUGCCAAUGGGAACCCGACCAAGUGGAUGGGGUCCGAAGUCUCCUUCCUUCACCACGGCCUAAGCCGCUUUAUAACAGGCGCGCCACUCUGUUAGCACGCAACUUCUUCCCUAAGGUCAAAGCGGAGGUUUCUCUUCCAGAGAUUGGAGGGGGGGAAGAAGUCCUUUGAGGCAGGUUCUGACUCAGUCAGUGGGGAAGAUGUGGGGAGCUGGGCCUUGGAAGGGCCACAGGCCAAUCACAUACAGCCAUUCUCUUCCUGUCCAACCAACAGAGCUGCUGUCCCCAAAGCCUCUGGUUUGCAUUCUCACUUCUCAGGUACCUGGUGGAGGUGUCCCGUCUCCUGGGCUCUCUGGCCUGCUCUAGAAGGCCCUGGGGUGCUGGGAGAUGUUCUCCCUGUCUUCCCUACCCCACCCUAUCCAUUCACUUCAAUCAACAAAUCCUGAGGGCGCUUGAAGUUCUGGGAGCAUCAUUCUAACUGUUGAAUCGGCGGCAGCCCGAGCGCCUCUCGAUAACCCACUGGACAAAUCUGAUUUCAGAGGCCAGAGGCCAGUGGUGACCCCAGCCCCUCCAGGGUCGAGAUGCAGCUGUCUCUACUGUGGGUCUUAAGCCUCCUUAAAACCAGGUGCCUUAUGGACCUGUGGUCUAGGCCAUGUACUAUCUGUUGAGUAUUUUUCAUUCUAGCUAGCAUACAUACCUCCUACCUCAAUCUGUGAAAGGAAGAAAACAUGUGCGCAUGUGUUUAACAGUAUUAUUAAAACCGCAUGAAGUUCUCCAGUAUGUACCAUUAAGUACAGUCCAUCACCCUUUCUAUUAUAGACAGGUGGCAGGGACCUGGAACCUGUAAAACUGGUACAGACCCCUGGAAUAGAGAUGUGGGCGGGCUUAGGUAUGACUUUGUAAUGAAUAUCUAAAUUGUUCCAGUAUAAUAAAAACUCAGGAAUCAGAAAUUAAGAUGAAGACCUAGUAAAUCCAAGGACAUUGGAGAAUCAAUUUGCUGACCCUUUCUCCAUGUUUCCCAAAUUACCUCCCCAGAAAUCCUCUCUUCUUUCUUCCUGUCCUCUCUAGCAGACCGCAUGAGUCCUUCAAGAACUCUAUGGCUAAUCCCGAACAGCCAAUCACUGACUUCAUAAGGUGGCUUUAUUGACACAGUGGAAUGGCUAUACCAACAAUUCUCCUGCAACAUUUCCCCUUCCAGUUGGUAGAGCAUGUGACUCUUAAUCCCACGGUUGUGGGUUUGAGCCCCAUGUUGGGCAGCAAAUGUAGCUAGCCUUUCUCUGUCCCACCAGCUAGCCACAAAAUAAUGAAACUUAUUAAUUAUGAAAGCUUGGGUUUGUCCCACUAGUUCUUAUAACUUAAAUUAACCCAUUUAUAUUAAUCUAUGUUUUGCCUCGUGGCUUUUUACUUUUCUUUCAUUCUGUAUGUACAACUCAAUCCAUGUCUUGUUGGCGUAUCAGGCGCCUAGACUCAUCUGUUUCCUCUCUCUCUGCCCAGAAGUCCCACCUAAACUCCUGUCCAGCUGUUGGCCAUUCAGGUCUUUAUUAAACCAAUCACAGCAAUAGAUCAUCACACAGUGUACAAAAUAUCCCAUUUUGCUUUGCAAGAUGCAUUAGCUGGUGAGCCAGAGUAGGUUGCUCAUUUGGCAGGCAGCAGGACUCACAUCUGGGCAGACUCUAGUGCACUGUCUUAGCAGCUCUGCCUCUGGGCCUGCAGAGUAGCAUCUUUAGGACUAGAAGGUGAGUUUGAGAGGCUGGGUGGAAGGUAAAGUACUGGGAGUCCCCUCCAUAGGUCAGAGGCGAUUCCUGGGAUGUGGAUGUGAUCGAUGGUUCUGGGGAGAGGGAGUGUUCUGCUCUGGGAAAUCUGUGGUCUGGUGAAACAGGAAACAGGAAAAAGGUGCCAGAGACAGAAGAAAAGGUUCUAGUUCCCAGUGCUGGGACCUAAGAUAUUUCUACCAGUCAGUUAUUGGUGUAGAGGUAAAAUAAACAGUGUGACCAAAAUA